AUGUCAUCGGUUGCUGGCGACGCCGACGGGCUUCCAUUUGUGGGCUGCGCCCUCAGCAUCGCCGAGCGGGCGGCGCUGCAGUCCUCCAUUCCACUGCUGUCUGCGCGGCACGAGACGCACGUGCGUUUCUGGGGCAAGGUUCUUGGCUACAAGGGGGACUACCUCGUGGCGCAGGCCAUGCCGGACGGGGUGUUUGGCAAACGCUUCAGCUUCUUCAGCGGCGACGGCGGCACCUCGUGGCGUCUCUUGGACCCCGUCACCGAGGACGAGGCGGCGUUUUGCGACCAGCUGCGCGGCGUUUACAUGGGCGACCCGACGUUUAUGUACAAAGUCCGUCGCGACAUUCCGCCCGAACCCGAGCCGACCGUGGCGGUGCCCGACGCAGACGAGGCGUUGACUGCGGCGCGUGAAAAGUACGGCGCUGCGGAGGAGGGAAAAGAGGAGGGCGAGGAGGGCGGGGAGGAAGAGGAGGAGGAGGAGGAGGAGGAGGGGGGCGCCGAAGAGCAGGCGGAGGAGGAGGAGGAAGAGGACGAUGAGGAGCAGCAUGAGGAGCAGCCAAAGAAGAAGCGACCAAAGUUUAUGAUUCUCGCCGUUCCAGAAACAGUUCGACUGGCGCACUUUAUUCAGCUGCAUGAUGCGGCGUGCACGCUUGUUGUGCGGGGGCAGUAUGUGUUUACGCCGAACGGUGGCGGAGCAUCAAAGAACGUAAUGUUUGCCGGCCAACCCGUGCGCCACGCGAUGAAGCCGUCGUGCUACCUGCGUGCCUUUCACCCCGGCAGGCACGAUAGGAAUCGCAUCUUGUAUGGCCCAACCUACAGCAGCGUGACGGACCAGCUUUCGCCCAUCACCGAUGACGAGCCGCAGGGGGUGUGGGUGGUGAAGUACGAUCCCACUGCGAGCAUGGUCACGGUGCAGAAUCUCUUCUUCAACGGAUCACUCUUCUGGUACCGCCCUGGCACAAGCGACUCGGGUCAGGUGUACUGCGGCAACGGCGAGCGCGACUUUGAGGUUUGCUUUCUCCUCUAG